UCACCUCCACCAAGCUCGACAUCAUCGCCCUCUGCCACGCGCGCCCUCGUCCCCGCCCCCCUCGCACUCGUCACACCAUCGCCAACAUGGACGGCGAUACGGAAAUGGCCUCUGCGGUGCGCAUCCCGUCGCCGGAGCCCGUGAGCGCCCAGAAGCGCAAGCGUUCGCCAGACUCCCGCUCGCCCUCCCCAAGGCGCUAUCGCUCCCCGCCGCGCGGCCGCUCUCGCACCGUUUCGCCCGACCGCAGGGGACCUCCUGCUCGCGAUGCCGACCACAGCAAGCGCGAUCUCGAGCUGCGCGGGCGCGACGCCCCGCUCACCGACGAACAGAAGCAGGCCGCGGCCAAGGCCGAGUACGAAAAGCUGCUGAACAUGCGCUCGGGAGGAACGUAUAUUCCUCCGGCCAAGCUGCGCGCGCUGCAGGCUCAGAUCACGGACAAGAGUAGCAAGGAGUACCAGCGCAUGGCGUGGGAGGCGCUCAAGAAGAGUAUCAACGGUUUGAUCAACAAGGUCAAUACCAGCAACAUCAAGUUCAUCGUGCCGGAGCUUUUCAACGAGAAUCUGGUUCGCGGGAGGGGUCUGUUUUGCCGGAGCAUCAUGAAGGCGCAGGCGGCGUCGCUGCCAUUCACGCCGAUUUAUGCGGCCAUGGCGGCGAUUGUUAAUACCAAGCUGCCACAGGUGGGAGAGCUGCUGGUGACGAGGUUGAUUGUGCAGUUCCGCAAGGCCUUUAAGCGGAAUGAUAAGGCUGUCUGUUUGAGCAGCACGACUUUCAUUGCACACCUUGUCAACCAGCAGGUGGUGCACGAGAUGUUGGCUGCACAAAUCCUCCUUCUCCUCCUUCACAAGCCCACGGAUGACAGCGUGGAGAUUGCUGUCGGGCUGACGCGCGAGGUCGGACAACACCUGGAAGAAAUGUCUGGUCCCAUUGCCCUAGCCGUGUUCGACCAGUUCCGCAACAUCCUGCACGAAUCAGCUAUUGACAAGCGGACGCAAUAUAUGAUCGAAGUUUUGUUCCAGGUUAGGAAGGACAGGUACAAGGAUAACCCGGCGAUUCGGGACGAGCUGGAUCUGGUCGAGGAGGAGGAUCAAAUCACUCAUCGGCCCGGGCUUGAUGAUGAGCUGGAGGUUCAAGACGGCCUCAACAUCUUUAAAUAUGAUGCCGAGUGGCAGGAACACGAGGACGCGUACAAACAACUCAAGGCCGAAAUUCUCGGAGAGGCUGAAGGGAGCGAGGAAGAGUAUGAAUCCGACGAAAGCGAAUCGGACGAGGAGGAGGUCAAGGAGCGGGAGCUGGAAAUCAAGGACCAAACCAACACUGACUUGGUCAACCUCCGUCGGACGAUUUACCUCACCAUCAAGUCCAGCGGUGGUUUCGAAGAGUGUUGUCACAAGUUGAUGCGCGUAAAUCUGCCUCCUGGUCAAGAGCUGGAACUCGUUUCCAUGAUCGUCGAAUGCGCGUCGCAGGAGCGAACCUACGAUAAGUUUUACGGCUUGAUCGGUGAGCGCUUCUGCAAGCUCAACCGGCUAUGGAGAGAGCUUUACGAGGAAGCUUUUGCCAAGUAUUUCGACACUAUCCACCGGUACGAAACGAACCGCCUCCGCAUCAUCGCGUCGUUCUUCGGGCACCUGCUGGCCAGCGACGCCAUCGGCUGGCACGUUUUGUCUGUAAUCCAUCUAAACGAGGACGAAACCACGUCGUCGAGCCGUAUCUUCAUCAAGAUCCUAUUCGAGGAACUCGCUCAAUCCAUGAGCAUGAAGAAGCUUACGGAACGUAUGAGGGAGGAUGUUUUGCAGCCCAGCUUCGAAGGCAUCUUCCCCAAGGACAGCAGCCGAAACACCCGCUUUGCCAUCAACUUCUUCACGGCCAUUGGCAUGGGCAGCAUCACCGAGGACAUGCGCGAGUAUCUCAAGAACAUGCCGAAACCCGUGCCGGCAGCUCUCCCGCCGCCAGAACCGGAGAGCGACUCGGAAAGUGCGUCGUCUUACUCGAGUUACUCCAGCUACAGCUCUCGCUCGCGCUCUCGCUCGCGCUCGUACUCGCGGUCUCGACGCAGCUACUCUGCGUCUCGCUCCCGCAGCCCCCGCGGACGCAGCCGUUCCCGCUCGGAAUCAUACUCGCCCGCCCCGCGCCGGAACCGCAGCUACUCCGACAGCCGCAGCCGGUCUCGCUCGGCAACACCGGCCCGCCGUCGGGCCAGGAGCUACAGCGAUUCGCGGUCUCCGUCUCCACGCCGCAGGCGCACCAGCUCCGUGUCGCGGUCGCCUCCCAGGAAGGCGCGUAGCAAGGCUUCGGUGUCGAGAUCGCCCACGCCUCGGCGCAGACGCAGCCCUUCUGCUUCGAGGUCGCGCAGCCCGUACCGCGCACGCCAAAACGGAAGCAGACGGAGCUACAGCUACUCAUCGGCUAGCCGGAGUCGCAGCCCGGCACCCAAGGCGAAGGGCCGCAGGUACAGUACCGUGUCUCGUUCACGAUCGCCGAGCCGCAGCCCGACGCCUCCGCCGCGACGUGCGAGCCCGCCACCGCGGCGCGUGAGCCCCGCCAUCCACCCAGCCAGGGCGCAUCUGGUGGAAGGCGUGGGAAGGAGCGCACCGAGAGGCGGCGGCGGCGGGGCGAGAAGACGGCGGAACACGAGUUCGCCAGAGGCGUCUCCUCCGCCGAGGAGGAGGAGAGGAUCGAGCGCGAGCCGGAGCCCGGCGAGGAAAGGCGGCGAUGGCGCAAAGGGGAGAGCUAGGGCUAGCGACUACUUGUAGGGGUGUUCUAGAAGACGUGGAUAUCAGGGUUGGGCGGGGCGGCUAAGGCUGAAAUGUGGCAAGUUGGCGGAUUACGGACGUAGCCGUUAGCGGUGGGGACGAGCUGAUUAAGGGCGAGGUAAACUUUCGGGCGGUUUCAGCACGCGGUUGCGCUCUAGUUUGGGGUGGACUGAGGAUGGAAACGGCAAUGUAAGAGAAUGUGAAGCGUACCAUGUGCUACAUAAAGGACG